CUCUCAUGGUGGUGUGUAUCGUAAGUUUCCAGUUUCCACAGCCGUAGCAUUUAUAAGAGAUUUGUUAAGUGAAACACUGCGUUUUAGUUUGUGAAUCAAACUACCGUUGAGAGUGAUGACAUGAAUUUCGGUUGAAACACGCUUCUUAUAUUCCUUUUUUCAAUAUUACAUCAUCUUUGAUUUGAUCUCAAUAAGAUGAAAAACGACUCUUCUUUGCUAAGAAAGAAAUGCUUCUCUUUCAUGGUCUUUACUAUUCUUGGCAUGACUAGAUUAAUUUCCUGGCCAACCAUUGUUAAUUAAUAUCUGAUUAGAAUGUAAUUAUGGUGGAGUCGUUGUAGAUAGGUCAUCAGGCCGAAGGUUCUUUUCAAAAAGUCGAUUAUUCAAAGUUUGAUUUUUGACUUUUAUUCCCAAACGGACCACACCCUUAAACUAAUGACAUAUAUUUCGAUUAAACUAUGUGGCAAGCUCAUCGCAUUCAGCAUCCUUCUUUGUCUUUCUUCACUUUUCCGAGUUUCUCAAUCUCUGAUAAAGAUUUCAAUAGAAUAAAUACUGAAAGAAGGCCAUGGAAUUGGAAGAUGUAAAUCAACAAAGAAUAAAAGCAAAUGGAAUAUGGCUGCAUGUCGCAGAGAAAGGCACUGGACCUUUAGUGCUUCUCCUUCAUGGUUUCCCAGAAUUUUGGUAUUCUUGGCGUCAUCAGAUCACCUUCCUGGCCAACCAUGGCUACCAUGUUGUUGCUCCUGAUUUGAGAGGUUACGGAGAUUCGGAUUCUCCACUUACCCACCAUUCCUACACUCUUUUGCACCUUGUUGGUGAUCUCGUGGGCAUUCUUGACCAUUUUGGUGAACAGCAGGCUUUCGUGGUUGGACAUGACUGGGGGGCUGUUCUUGCUUGGCAUCUGAGCCUACACAGGCCAGAUAGGGUCAAAGGAGUAAUAGCCAUGUCAGUUCCAUACUACCAAAGAAAUCCUGAUGCCAAAGUUAUUGAAUCUUUUAGAAGAAUAUUUGGAGAUGGGUUUUACAUAUGUCAAUUCCAGGAGGCUGGAAGAGCAGAGAAAGCAUUUGCCAGAUACGAUUAUUUGACUGUUAUGAAGAAGUUUCUGCUGAUAACAAAGACAGAUAAUUUGGUAGCUCCAUUGGGCAUGGAAAUAAUUGACUAUUUGCAGACACCAGCAGUGUUGCCUCCAUGGAUUACUGAAGAGGAAUUACAGGUCUACGCAGACAAGUUUCAAGAAACUGGUUUCACUGGUCCUCUCAACUACUACCGUGCUAUGGACAUGAAUUGGGAGCUUUAUGCGGCAUGGCAGGGAUCAAAGAUUACUGUUCCAGCUAAAUUCAUAAUUGGUGACAAAGAUAUUGGCUUUGACAUCAGUGGUACAAGGGAAUAUGUACUGGGAGAUACCUUUAAGAGCUUUGUUCCAGAUCUUCAAAUUGCUAUUUUGGAUGGUCACCAUUUUAUACAACAAGAGAAAGCUCAACAAGUCUCGGAGGAAAUUCUAGCCUUCAUAAACUCUCUGUAGAUUACUCGGUUUCCUUUAAUAUUUGAUAAUUAUAUCCUCAUGCGUGCUCUGUCUAUAAUGGAUUAUAUCAUAUGUAACUAAUGUGUUCGGAUACUUGGAAAAUAAAUGGUGAAAUGCAAUUCAAUUAUUUAUCAA